CACCGGAUACGGGAUCUCUCCACUGUUCCCUUUCUAACUUACGUCUCCUUCUUCCUCUUCCCCCACCCUAAAAAAUCACCAAACAUCUCACAGGUACGUGUUCUUCGAUUUUGUUCACGACUUCCAGUUUUAAGACGAUUUUCGUUCCUGUCUGGCUGUCUUCCCCAACAUUUAUCCAUGCACCAUUCUUCUUCAAGAUAGAUUCUAUUGCCUCGCAAAGAUCAUUUAGCUGGGCGAUACUCUUCUCUAUCCAUUUUCUUCAGACGAUAAUCCUUUUCGCAAGCUUCUCUUCAAUAGCCAAAGUAUACAUCUGCCAAUCUGACGCGGGAGCGGGAGCUUCCCGCAUAUUUUUGCGACACCUGCUACAUGCUACUGUACCGCGAACUGGCGGUAACUGUAGCGGCAGUCGUGGCUUGGACCGGUCAGGAGUCCCCUCGACCGUUCCUUCAUCUGUAACUCAUUCCGAUGUGUCCGUCCCCAAACGAUUCCCCUGUUCCUCCCUCCAGCUGCCAACCUGCUGCGAUAAAUUCAGAAACAAUUUGCUUGGUGUUAUUUAUAAACUUGAUGUCAUUAACUUGGUGUUUCGUUGCCCAUAAUAAAUCGAAGUCAUCAACUUCUUAUUCAUUUAGCUUCUAUGAAACAAAUCACUUCGCUUCAAUAUUUUUCUCAAGCUUCUGACACUACUAUAAUGAAGAUUAUAAACCAUGUAUUAGAAUUAUUUCAAGUUAAUGAAGGUGCAAGUUUAGGAAGUUUAAUAGCGGCAACUUGUAUGACUUUUCUAAACUCACAAAUUAAAAAAUUAUAGUACGUUUUUACAUGCACUGUAAACAUUUUCUCCUUAACCAGGAAUGUAAGGUAGCUGAAUAUUUUAGCCAAGAAUUUAAUUUAUUGUAUAGUAAUUUCAAUUGUUUACAUGCAUUCCUUAUGCUUAUACUAAAUACCACUACCACAUUAGUUGCUGAGAGCGACUUCCUUAGAAAGGCUGCAAUUUUUGCAUAUUUAUUUUAUUUUAUAUUAUUUAUUUGACUUCAUUGUAGAUUGUCAAAUGCUUUAAUAUGACUAUGUACUACAAAUAUUGGGAUGACUGCGUGGAUUCGAAAGACAUGAUGCUAAUGUGGGAUGAUAUUGAUGUGAGUAAAGAAUGGGCUGAUGCUGGAGAGAGGUUCGGACAGAAAGUUCACUUAUCACGUGAUCCUGAUGGGCAGACAUAUCUUACACAGACUGAAAUGAGGGCGGUGGCCAGAAUUGUUGUUGACAGAGAUUUCAGAUCACAGCUUGACCCGGACAUGCUCUGCGCUCUUGCUGAAAUUUUAAGCGACAGGCAGCUUCUUAGAGAGAGUUAUGAUAAAAAGCUGAAAGAAAAUAAGAUAGGAAUCAUGCAGGUAGCACAAUCAACAGCAGAAUGGCUAGCCAGGGAAAUGGGCUAUCGCAAGUAUACGGCAGAAGAUGAAUCUCUGCUGUACAGACCUUUUGAGAACCUGUACUUUGGUGCAGCAUAUGUAAAAUGGCUAUCUAAUUAUGAUGGAAAACAAAGAAGCGAAGAAUAUGUUGUAAGAGCAUACAAGGGUGGCAUAAAGAAAGCUACCCACAAGUCAACAGCGACAUAUUUUGAGCGUUACUUUUCUUUCAAGCGUAGCUUACCACCCAAAAGGAGACAAAAGAAGUAUAAUGGCCAUACACUCACACCUGACUUCCUCAGUAUUGAUGCUCCAGCAGAUGUGAAGAAAGGUGAUGGAUGGGCACACUGGGAUUUGACAGUAUCUGAAAAAGACAUGGAUGAAAUAUGGAAACAUUCACAGGUCAACAAAGAGUGGACAAAGUCAGGCGAGCGACGUGGAAGAGUUCGGUUCUCCCAAGAUUCUGAGGGGAGAUCUUAUCUUUCUCAGGUUGAGGUGAAGGCAGUUGCUGAAAUCAUCGUUUCACGAUACUUCAAAGAAAGAUUGCAACCGUCAACUCUGGCUGCAAUUGCAGAGAUUCGUAGUCUGAGAUUCGUAAAUGGACUGCAUUCACAUACUGGAUUGAUGGGAAUUGACUAUCCUACUGCUUUCUGGAUGUACAGGGACCUUGGCUUUAGGGCAUACGAAGUUAACUCUGUGGAGGACCUGUACAAUCCAUUUGUGUCCAUGUAUUUUGGAGCUGCCUAUUAUACUUGGCUUUCCGAAUUUGAAGGAAGGGAAAGAAGCCAAGAAUUUGUCGUUCAAGCAUUUAUGGGUGGACCAGAGAAUGUUAAUUUGCAGGAGACGGGCCCUUUUUGGAAGAAGUUUCAGGAGGCUGUGAGAUACUACGAAGUACCAGACAAGGAAGGAAGAGGCUGCUGCAUCUUAUGAUCUGUUAGCAUAAUCUAACCUUGCGGUCUUCGCAGGUCUCUACGUGGACUAAAGGAUGUUUGUUCAUAGGUCGGGAGGGAUACACAUAGAAUCAUUGUUUAUGUUGAUUCAAAUUUGGUUCAGAACCUAACAUGAGAUCAUUUACAUGAUAUAUGUAUACUAUUGGUGGUUGUUCGAUUAGUUGAGAGGUCAUUAAUGACAAUAUUUACAAUUGAAGCCGUGUAUA